AUGAGCGCCAGUGCCAGAUUGAACAUCAAAAAGUUCCUCAAAAGAGGACUCCAGCUCAGUAUCCUUGUUGUGGGCCAGACAGGUACCGGCAAGAGCACGUUUGUCAACACGCUGUGCAACGAAGAUAUCAUCACCACGAACCGGCCUGCCCCCGCCGACAUGUCCAUCGAGAGCCAUUCGGCCAAGAUCUACGAGGGGGGUACCAGAAUCGACCUGGACGUGAUCAUGGCGCCUGGGUUUGGCGACUUUAUCGACAACAGAGACUCCACCCGGUGUUUGACCGAUUAUAUUGAAUCGCAGUUUGAGAAGGUGCUCAACGACGAGUGCAAGAUCCAGAGAACGCCAAAGGCCACCGACACGAGAAUCCACGCGGCCAUCUACUUCAUCAGACCAACAGGCAAGGGAUUGCGUGAGUUGGACGUUUACUGUAUGAGAGAGCUUGGAAAACGGUGCAAUGUGAUUCCUGUGAUUUCCAAAGCCGAUUUGCUCACCGACGAGGAGCUGGCUUUGAACAGAGGUCUGAUCUUGAGAGAUCUGGCCAGAAACAAGAUCAACACUUAUGAUUUCAGCAACUGUUUCUCCGACAUUGACGACGACGAGGAGUCGACAAGCGUGCAGGACCUGAUCCCGUUCGCUAUUGUGUCCGGAACAGACAGAGCCAUUAUUGACCAGGUCGAGUACAAGGUCCGGAAACUGCCGCACGGCGUGGUUAGAGUGGACGACCCGCUGCACAGCGACUACAUUGUGCUGAGAACGUGUCUUUUGGGAGCCUGUUUGCAGGACCUGAAAGACACCACACACGGCAUGUUUUACGAAAAGUACCGUACCGAGAAGCUGUCCAAGAAUCCGCCAGCCACGGGCUACCUCAAGCCGAGCUCCAGAGCCUCCAAGCCUACUAGUUCUGGCUCGUUGCUCGACCGGCUCAGAAACAACAUGGGUUCCAGACAAUCGAGUGUCCUGUCUGCAGACAGACUCACCAUCAGUGAAGACGCUCGAGCUGUUUGCGGUGUAGAGGUCUUCCAAUAUAAUAAAUCCUUUUCUGAUGAUGUAAUAGUCACAAAAGUACACUCCGGCAAUGGAGGACAGGAACACGGCGUACGCACUCAAAUACGUGGUGAACAUGUUGCUCGAGGACAGCAGGUUCCAUGGACAGAUGGCGUAGCCAAUAAUGGCACAGAUGAAUCCUCCGCGUCUGAUGUUGAUGUAUUUUGCUGCGACCAUAUGGCCGAGUUUGGUUUGUGCGACAUUCUGGAGAAGUCUGGGGCGUUGACAAUGAGCGUAGCAAAGUUGGCGAGCGAGUUCAUCAUACUGUUGACAAAGGCCCAGCCAAAAGCAGAGCCGGACAACGAGCUGCCCUGGUGGAUGACGGGUCCGCCGCCGUCUGCCUUGACCAGCGUCCAGAUCAGGAACGCAAUGCCCGCGAUCGGACACGCAAUGGCCUUGAUGGUGAACAAAUGGCGCACGGUAUGUGGUCUCAUGGAUUCUUGUUUCGAGGUCGUUGCCAAAGAUGGACCGAAGCAUCAGAGCCACACACUGGCCUCCCAGCACGGACUGCACGCCGAACCAAAUACAGGCCAUGACGACUCUGUUAAUAACAGGCCACAACGAGCCCCAGAUUCCCCAGGACGACCUGGUAGCAACGGGGAACGAAACAUGGUUGUAUGCACCGUACCGGGCAGCAAGAGUGACGAAACAGCCGCAGAAAGAGUAGCCGAGCCAGACGGUGAUCCAGGUGGCCCACCAACUUAG